UGGAGGGCCCGCUAUUGGUCCGAUUGAGGGUGAAAGGUCGUGAUUGGGCGCUCCUUUGCUAACAAAGAUGGCGGCUGCCGCUGCUAGCCGAGCGGUCGGCGCAAAGCUGGGGUUGCGUGAGAUUCGCGUUCACUUAUGCCAGCGUUCCCCAGGCAGCCAGGGUGUGAGGGAUUUCAUCGUGCAACGGUACGUGGAGCUGAAGAAGGCGCACCCCAACCUGCCCAUUCUGAUCCGCGAAUGCUCGGAGGUGCAGCCCAAGCUUUGGGCCCGCUAUGCUUUUGGCCAAGAGAAGACGGUGUCUCUGAACAAUCUGAGUGCUGAUGAGGUAACCAGAGCCAUGCAGAAUGUGCUAAGCGGCAAAGCCUGAAGGUCUCCACUGAGGACUGUGAGCGAGAGCAGCUGAACCUGCUGGACUGAAGACAGUGUGGGGAAAUGUGUGCUUUGGGUCCUUAUAAAGCUUACGCUGUACAGUGUCCCUUCAGAAUGUCCUCUUCAUUACCUUCUCCCUCUUACUGCGCAACACUGAGGCAAAGUAGUUUUAUAUAAAAAUACUCCUUUAUUUCUCCUCAAAAAAAAAAAAAAAAAAAACCCACCAGGUGCCA